ACUGGAGGAUAUGGCAUAUGGAUCUUGUUCAGUCUGCGGUCCUGUACAGCGUGAUGACUCUCAUCAGUACCUAUCUAGUAGCUUUUGCAUAUAAGAAUGUCAAGUUUGUUCUCAAACACAAAGUAGCACAGAAAAGAGAAGACGCUGUUUCCAAAGAAGUUACUCGCAAGCUGUCUGAGGCAGACAAUAGGAAGAUGUCUCGUAAGGAGAAGGAUGAAAGAAUUCUGUGGAAGAAAAAUGAAGUUGCAGAUUAUGAAGCAACAACUUUUUCCAUCUUCUACAACAAUACUCUCUUUCUGGUCUUGGUCAUCAUUGCUUCAUUUUUUGUGCUGAAGAACUUCAACCCCACUGUAAACUAUAUUCUUUCUAUAAGUGCUUCAUCUGGACUGAUUGCCCUGCUAUCUACAGGAUCCAAGUAGACCAAAAAACCCCCACACCGGUUUAUUUCUGAGAGGGGUCCACUGCCAUAUAACAGUUUAAGGGUGGAAUAAGAAUACAUUUUUUUUAUAGUGUGACUGUUUGAGAGUAUAGGGGGAGGGUUUGAAU